AGCUAGAGGCUGAAGAAAGUGCAAUAAACUUUGCUGAAAGCAAGAAUUUCUUUAAAUAAAAUACAUUAAAAAUGUGGUUAAUUAUUAAAAAUUUAUUAAUAUUUGUGUUGUUGACAUCUCCGGCAGUCAAUGGUGGUGUUUUUGUUAACAGCGUAAAUGAUGAUCAUCGUAUGCAUCCCAUGUUUAAUUUUAAACGUGAACGUCUUCAUAAAAGAGCCAUGCCUCUGUUGCGUUUCGAAUCGUCUAAACCCGAAGAAGAAUUCUCCGAUUAUUGGUAUGAAGUGGGUCAAGAUAUUUUGGACAAACAGCUGGAGAGUAAGACUAAAUUGAAUACGAAUAUGGCUAAAAAUGUCAUUAUGUUUUUGGGUGAUGGCAUGUCGAUACCCACAAUCACGGCUGGACGUGUUUAUUUGGGCGGCGAAGAGAAACAAUUCUCAUUUGAGAAAUUCCCCUAUAUCGGUUUGAGUAAGACCUAUUGUGCCAAUACCCAAGUAGCCGAUUCUGCCUGUACAGCCACUGCCUAUUUGGGUGGUGUUAAAGCUAACUACGGUACUUUGGGCGUAACAGCAGCUAUCGAAUUAAACGAUUGUCAAGGGCAAAAUAUUACCGAACAUCAUGUGAAUUCUAUAGCCGCUUGGGCUCAAGCCCAAGGUAUGGCCACUGGUUUAAUAACCACCACCUCUGUGACUCAUGCUUCUCCGGCUGGUAUUUAUGCUCAUGCCGCCAAUCGUGAUUGGGAAAAUGAUGCUGAAAUAUUAAAAACUCAAAAUGAUCCUAAUGUUUGCAUAGAUAUAGCCACACAACUGAUUCAUGGAGAAGUGGGCCGUAAUUUAAAUGUUAUUUUGGGAGGAGGACAAGAACAUUUUCUACCAAGACAUCAGGAGCCCGGUAAACGUUUAGAUGGUCGUAAUCUUAUACAAGAAUGGCAGCAAAUGCAUGGACCUAAUGCCCAUUACGUUACCAAUAAAAAUGAACUUUUGAAUUUACCCAAAAACACCGAAAAAGUUAUGGGUUUAUUUGCCCCCAAUCAUGUGCCCUAUCAUUUGGAUGCCAAUCCUGAAAGUAUACCCACCUUAGAAGAAAUGGUUCAAGUUGCUUUACAACUAUUGGAAAAACAAAGUCAAGGUAAAGGCUAUUUCCUCUUCGUUGAAGGUGGCAGAAUAGAUCAUGCCCAUCAUGAUACUUUGGCUAUGAAAGCUUUAGAUGAAACUGCUGAAUUUGGCAAAGCCAUUGAAUUUGCCCGCUCAAAAACCAGCUUAAAAGAUACCCUCAUUGUGGUAACCUCCGAUCAUUCACACACCAUGUCGGUGGCUGGUUAUUCCAGUCGUAAGAAUGAUAUUUUUGGUAUUAACAAUGGUCAAUUGGCUUUGGAUCAACUGCCUUAUGCUACUCUCAGUUAUGCCAAUGGUCCCGGUUUUGAAAACAACAUCUUAAAACAUAGUCCCGGUGUUAAGCGCAGAAAUCUUUUGGAAACCAAUAUGAAACACAAAAAUUAUAAAUUUCCUUCUACCGUCCCCUUGGAAUCGGAAACUCAUGGUGGUGAUGAUGUAGCAGUAUUUGCUAGUGGUCCUUUUGCUCAUCUUUUUACCGGAGCCUAUGAACAAAACUUUAUACCCCAUGCCAUGGGUUAUGCCUCGUGUUUGGGUUCUAGAAAAACUGCCUGCAGUGAUGGUUUACAUCGGAGGAGAUAUUAGAAUAAGUAAUAGUUAAUUUAUGUAGUUUUAGUAUUUAAGGGGGGUUUAGCUUUUUAAGGGGUAAAUUUUUAAGUUGAUUAUAAUGUUAAUUUUAAGAAGUACUUAACGCUGAAAAAAAAGUUCAAAAAAGUUUAAUAAUAAAAUAAUGGAAUUCCU